GCCGCUGCGCCCCUGUGGGCGUGAAACCUGCGCGCACAAAGGCUCCUCCUCACCGGGAACACGCCCCAAAUCCAUAAAUAAAUAACGAGGGAAGGGCUUUUGUUCGUCGGGCCGAUGGCACAUGACCUUGUUGCUGAGCCGCCGUGCCCCUGCGCUUGCCCGGAGAGGGGAAAGCAGGGGGUGCAGGCGAAGCCUCCGAGCCGGCGUUCCCUGGCAGGAGGCGGAGGAGGGGGGGUGGAUUUAAUGGGAAAUAAUACAAAUAACCCCCAGAUCCAGCUCUGCCGGGCAGGAAUGUGCAGGGGGUGGGGGCGGAGGAUUUAGCAGGGAAAUAACAGGAGUCGCCCGCAGAUGCAGCGCUCCGCCGCACAGCGCAGUGCCCCGCGCUGACCCCGCGCACAACAUGGCCGUGUUCGCCCGGCCCCGCUCCCGCUCCUCCCCAGCCGGAGGGGCGGCUCGGGAGCUCCAGCGGCACCAUCCCGCUCGCUCUCCUUAUGUAUUUAUUUUUUAUUUAUUUUUACUCCACCCACCCCUCUUUUUUUUCCUUUUUUUUUUUUUUUUUUAAUCUCCUUUCCUCCUCCUGCCGGUAUGCCCGCUAUCCACACCAUGCAGUGCACGACUAGUGCCUGACUUGGAAAGUAUUUAAUGGUCAGUGGAAAAAAAUGAGGAAGAGGAGGGUGUGGCUGCUGCUGGGAGGCUCUGGCCCUGCAAAGGGUCCCUGGCUUGUAGAGAUGUGGUCCUGCAUCGGCACAAAACGAAGACUUCCUUUAGGAAAUGUAUGUUGAUCUUCUGAAGCUGAAUCCUCAGGCAUUUGUGGCCCGUCCUUGCAGCCUGGUCCUGCUCUGGCCCUUGGAAGGGCAUCGCUGGCUGCGGAGCUGCUGCAGCGCACCCGAGAUCUGAGCCCGUGGAUUCAGCAUGGAGCCCUCACCCCCAGCUGCCACUGGAGCCCGUGGAUUUAGCAUGGAGAGCCCUCAUCCCCAGCAGCCAGCUGGAGCAGCCCACUGGGAAAAGGGAGUUGGGUGUGUGACGGCGAGAUUCACCCAUGCCUCUUCCACAGCUGCACGUCAGCCUGGAUAUAGUCACCCUGUCAGGAGUGUAAAAUUUACAGCAGAAAUUAUUUUAAUGCUGGAAAAGCUCUUACUCAUCUGAACCAUCAUUCAAAAUGCACAGUGAAAGUCGCCAAGCAGAAGUUUUCCAUCCCACUGUCUGCAGCACUCCUGCAGGUCUUCUGAUGCUUAAGCAUAUCUGUCUCAGGCUGCCCCUAAAAAGAAAAAGAAGUAAUCUGGCAAAAUGAACUCAGAACACAGAAGGAGGAACCACUGGAGACUAAUCUGCAAGGUAUUCAGGUGUUGCUGUUGAGCAGAAAUUGGAAGGAAACUAUGAGGAUCAAUAGAUUGAGAAAAUGGUCCUUCCCAUCAUUACAGGAAACCAUGAACCUCACCACUAUGGGACAGAAGUGACCAGCAGUGACCAGCUCUGCUGCCUUAGGAGCAUCCCCAUUAGCUGUACUUUUCAAAUAAGUUUCCCUGAUGACAUGCAAAUCAGAAUCUGUUAAUCAUUGGCUGUUCCAGAUAUGAUGUCAAAGCCAACAAGGGAGACUUGAUGUAGUAUGACUCAAAACCAGAAGUAUUUUGAAAGAAUGACUUACUGGGGAACCAAGUUAAAAACUAAAGAAGUGAAGAUUGGUCAUCUCUGCAGAGGAAAUUACAAGGUCUUUCUUGGAAGAAACAGCUGCAGAAUGUGAAAUCAGUUACGUGGAAUUCCUGUUGGCAAGACCUUUGACCCUCGACUUCUGCUGGAUCCAGCUGAGUGAUCAAAGAGAGAACUUUUGCAGAUCCCCACAGCAGUGAUGCUGAAAGCCAGGGCACAUGGUGUCUGUCCCCCUGCAGUGUGACCAAGUGACCUCAGGGUGAGACUUGCUGAGUGAAACAACUCUCCUUGAUCCAUGUGGGGCUGAUGGAUGCAGCAUUUAUUGUGCUCUUUAAUUAACUAGCAAAAGGUUAGUUCGCUGAUUAAGGUAGGGGUUUGUUUUAAAAGUUUGCUUCUUUAUUACAGCAGUGUUUAUAUUAGAAUAUAGACUGAUAUCUCAGUUAUUCCCACUUCUUUAUAUCCACCCUGGAUAGGAAGUAUUGUUGUCUGUCAAACCAGGUGGCAGGGAAUAACAACCCCCUCAAGCUCGAGCAGAAGUUUGAAGCUACAGAAGCUGAUGCUGUAGUGGCAGUUCUGCUAAUCCCCAUAAACAAGGCCUGUGUGGUACAGUGGGGUGUGUUUAAUUUAGUCAUCAAUUCAGAGCUGGGUUACUGCUCAGUUAGGAGUAUUGCAGAGUAGGCCACAAUUCCUCACAGUCUUGACAAAUUUAUUGCUCAGUCUUUGGGGUUUGCCUAUGCAGAACUUGGGAAAUUCACUUAGAGAACCUCAGCUCUUCCCCAUUAGGAUAAUUGAGAAGUAUCUGGAAGCAUGUUAAACAAUCCCUUUAUUCAGCAUCCAUUCUAAGUCGUAGUGAUGCCGUUCCCACAGUGACAAACUGGUUUGAUAAGGUACAGUCAUGUAGGAGCUGGAAGUACACAAGUGCAGUUAUUAAAAAUGAAUGCUGUAUCCUGUUUCCCUUGUGUAUCUUGUCACUGACAUGACUUCACAAGUUGCAAAUCUAUUAAACAUUUCAAACAUGGAACUGGAGCUCAUUAAGCAGAACAUUGACUGGUAUAUAGCAAACUGUUUCAAAUUCAAGACUGUUAACAUUUGUCUCCAGAGUUUUUUGUCUUCUAGGUUGUCACUAAGCAAUCCAGCAGUCUGGGAAUGCAGCCUGUGCUUCCUGUGAUCAGAAUGUGACUGUCCUUUGGGGUGAGGUAGUAGGUUGUAUAGUUUUAGGGCUAUGCCCUGCCUGUCAGAUAACUAUACAAUCUACUGUCUUUCCUGAAGUGGCUGUGAUGUCAGCGCUGGAUGGCUCCAAAAGACAACACAGAUAUUUUUCAACUGUACCAUUCUCUGGCUCUAUCUAUGUGUUUGGCUCUUGUACACAAAUGUCCUCAGAGUGUUUGGAUUCCUGUAUUUCCCAUUCAAGCUCAAAAGCCAUUUCCUUCUGGCAUUUUUGGAGAGCAGGUGGGGUGUGAGUGCAGGACACAGAGGUACAGUAUGCCCAGCCUGCAGUGGAUUUGCUCACACCCAGCUGUGUGGGACUGCCAUGGGAGUGGCCACUUGGAAACAGCUGAUCCAUCUCUCCCUUGUUUUGUGGCAUCUGUGUUCAUAUUAAACAUAAAAUGGUACUUUUGAUUCAGCAGCUGUUUAAAUCCACUUGGAUUGGCUGUUUGAGAAACUCCAAAGGGAUGAGCUGGACAAAACCCUGAGAGGAUGUCUUCCCAGUCAGUCGUGUUCUGCCCUGGAAAUGGUAAAUUCUUAAACCCUGAGUAAGAGGUCUCUUCAGUCAGUUUUGGGCACUGAUUUAACUCACUUUUUUAUUACAUAUUGCUACUUUGGGAGGGACAGUGUUUGCUACUGCAGUUUCCCUGUCUCUGCAGUCCCUCCACCAGUUCUGUGUGACUCCCAGGUAGAGCUGUGGGGAAGGGCUGAGGUCACACAUGGCCUCUCUAAGGCGAAGAAAUGUGUGGGCUGGAGAGUGAUAAGGUAAUUUACUUACAAAUGGUGGAAUGUUUCCUUCAGAAGAUGCACGUGAUGCUCUAACAGGAUGAGGUAGUAGGUUGUGUGGUUUCAGGGUAGUGAUUUUGCCCCAAUCAGGAGAUAACUAUACAACCUACUGCCUUCCCUGAUAGGCAGCAUAACGACCUCAAUGUCUUAAUUCACAGAGAAACAAGAGCUAAAAUACACUCCUGAGAUAUACUUCUGAGACCAGCAAAGUAAGUCUAGCUACAGUUGUUGCUAUCCUGUCCCUAAUAGCUCUAAAUUUAGAUUUUAAGUGUAGAUUUUUGAUAACUGCCUGCAAAAUAAUUACCCUUUUUAAAGUCUUUAAAUGAAAGAUUGAAUUAAAGAAGUUUUAUUUGUUUCAAAGUUUGCCUGCUCUUGAUCUGUUUCAUUUUUUGUUCAUUUGAGUGGGAUGAAGUUACUGGGGGAAAUUGUUCCAAAAAUGCUGAGAACUUGCAUUGAAGAAGUUUCUAUUUCCUUGACAUCUAACUUUGAGUGCAACAAAUUUUACUCACAAUACCCUGGUUUAGUUCAACCUUACCUCUCCCUCAGGAAUCUUGCAGUGUUUUACAAAGAGUUCUGGGUUAAAUCACACAACAUUCUUCAGCAGGUAAGGUUUACGUUGCAAGGGAAAAUUUGUAACAAUGAAAAUCAAGAGUGAGAAUUAAAAAACCAAAACCAGACAUCUAUUUAGUCCCUCAGUUUCUCAUAACAGGCUCAUUUAAUGGUGUUUAGUGCCCCAAAAGAAUUCUCUGCUAUCUAAAAAGUACAAAUUGCAUCUGAAAAAUUAUGGACAAAAAAAAUGUUUGUCAGUAAAGAUAUUUUGAGAAUAUGAACUCUAGAGUCUUACAAGAAAAAUCAGUUGAAGAAGGGGAAUAUAACAACAAGGUGCUGAGUUUGGUCGUAGACAUAGAAAUCAUUCUCCUAUGUGCAAAAUACACCCAAAAAUAGGAGUCCUGUAAACCUUAAGGUUACCUUGAAACCAGAGGUAUCAGACUGGUUUUGUAUAACCAUCAGUAUAUAUUUUGUUUAUACAGCAGCCUGUUCCUGUAGACUGGAGUCAAAAUUGAAGGUAGGUGUAAUCCUGUGUUUUUGUCUGCCAGCUACACAAAGGCAAGCUUGCCUUCCCUGAGAAGCUUUUCCCUCAUCUCUGUAGCUGGGAGAGCUGUGACAUGCACAGUGAAAGCAAAUGGAAUAACUCGUGGUACAGUCAGAAGCUAAAGUGGUAUUUUAUUGCUUCUCUGGUCCAAAACUGCCACACGUUAUCUGGAGUCAGGUGGUAUUUGAGUUCGUCCAACACCUCAAAACAGGGCUUUUUGUUCAUACCUUUACCAAAGGUUUGGAAGGCUUUUUGACUUGGGUUCAAAGAGACAGAUAAAGCUGUUGGUACAGGAGGAAAAGUUGAUACAUGUCUGAAACACCCACAGGAGAACAGGCAAUACUGUAGCUGGUUUUAAUCUUCUCCAUUUCUCUGGUUGUGCACUCUUAAUGCAGCACUGCAGGUCCUGAGCUCUUUCUUACAGCCUCGGGGCUGCAGCUUGAACAUGAGACAAGUUAGGGCAGUGAUUGCUUUGUGUGAAGCCUAAAGCAUCCUGCUGCUCUCCAGGGUGCAGAACAGGCUGGAGAGCACAGUCUUGCAUUCUGUAAAUACAGAGGGAAUGUUCUCUCUGGGACACUGGGCUUAACAGAGGGAAAACACUGUCCACGUUCUACAGCAGCCUGUUAGAUCCCAACUCUGAAAUAGUUUUCAAAUAUUCUGGCUCUGCCUGGGUCAGCAUUUUGCUCUUGGUAAUGAGCUGUGAGUUUUCAGAUUCAAGUUGUUCUGGCAAUGCCAUUAAAAUAAAGGGCCAAAAAUAUCCAUAGUGUUCUUCUCUCUAGGAUCAACUGUAAAUGCAAAGCCAUGUGCCUGUUCUUGGCAGCUUGUGAGCCUGCAGAUAAUCAGGGCUGUCCUUAGUGACUGGCAUUACAGCUAAUGACACUCCACCAGAAACGUGAAAGCACAACUCAGGGGCACUGAGUAUUUCCCAGAACUGCAGACUGAAAAUGUUUGUGUCCAAAUGUAAGCAGCAGCUUGGCCUGCUGGAAUCACAAGGGAAAAACAGCUGGGGUUUUUUAAACUCCAGUCAGCAUUACCACUUCUUGAGGUGUCAUGCUGCUUGUUGCACACAUCAGGUGUGAGGAAAGAGCUUAAUCAUGAGUACACAUAACAUCACAUGAGAAAUGUGUAUCGUGGCAUGCACUUCAAUACAGUCUGUGUCCACUUAAACAUCUCUCUUGGAUUUAGUGUGCCAGUAAGUAUUCAUUGGCAAGCAGAAGCUUAGUACAUCUUGCUGGAACAAAGCUUGUACAUUUGCUUAUAGCAGGCCAGGAAAAAAUAGGUGGGUAUGAGAUUUUCUCUGAGGCCAGGAUUUCAGUUAUUAGCUUCCCUUCUGUGCCCUGGAGAAAGUGCUUGGUGUUUUGGGAGAAGGCACAGAGAAGACAUUAAGCAGCUCUCUGACAUUGAAGCCACCAUUGCACUUUGGAUCUCCACUGUGUGGAUGUGUGAAGUGUUCUGCCUCUUCUACCUUUACAAGGCUCUUACAGUUUUGUUGGGUUUUUAAACAGGAGCAAACCUCCUUAUUCCUGAAACCAGCUACUCAGUGUAAAAUUUUUCACUACAUUUGGCAAAACACUAGAGCAAAGGUAGACAUUUGCAGAUGACCCCAAUAACUAUCCUAAAGACAUGUGCUGCCAGCCCCACCUGUUUGUCAAAAACCUGUAUCAAAAACCUAGGCCAAAAUAUCUACUGGUUUUCAAAUAAAUCUGUGUUUCUAAGUCAAAUGGACACUUUCAAUUGUUCUACAGUUAAAAGUAAUGAGCACCAGGCAUGCUAAACACUUGAUGGUAUAAAGAUUUGUUUGGUUGUGGGAUAGUGUUCAUGCCCAGUCUCCAACACUCAUCAAAACCCAACAAGGAACCAGGUUAAGAAACAAAGUUGCCAAUGAGUUCCCUGAUGUGUCUGUUCUUGUUCCAGAGGUUCUUGCUCUGGGUUUUCCCUGUCCAGCUUGCUUGUUCCCAGUAAACAAUAAUAUUUCCAUCCUCAAGGAGCCCAACUGAGAUUUUAUAAUGCAAACAAAGUGUGUUAAGGUUUCUCAAUCAGCUGAAAGUGAGCAGCAGUUUACACAUUAAUAUCUGGUGUUAAUUAACACUUGGAAGAGAGUGAGAAACACUUGAUGCACUUGGAAUAACACAAAUAAAAUACCACUCUAAGAUGGUUCUUAGUGCAAACAUCUAAACUGAAAAUAAAAUUGUUCCUGAUACGAUAAAUUGGCAUUUCCCUUUUGUGAAAAAAAGGCAGUUUAACCCUUCCUUUACACAGUAAGAGAAGUCCUUUGAACACCUUGCUUUUGGUGACAAAAACAUCUCACUUGUGAUGAAAUUAUGAAAACACAUUUCACAGCAGUCAGGGAUCUGGGAGGUUUCAGUCCCGUCUUUCCAGUCCUUCCUGAGCAGUUAUUCCCGUGUGCAAGGAUACACUCUUCUCUCUGGCUUCAGCCCGGAUUUGGUGCUGUGUUUCUCACAUCUGGUAAAAAACUACCCUGCAAACUUGACAAAUGGUAGUGUAGCAGUGACUAUUUGAAAAUCAGAUGGGGAAUCCCACAGGUCCUAUUUUUAUUUAGGCUUGGCUUGCUGGCUCAUUCCAGUGACCUCCGCUGACGUUUGGCAUAGGAUACUCAUGGUUGCAACAUACUUUUUUCCUCCUUUUUCUUCAACUUUUUCCUCCAAACUUGCAACAUGGCCACAACUUUGGUUGUGGUUUUUUUUUCUCCCCUCUUUUUUCCUUUUUACCAUGGGUAGAAUAGAAUUCUUGAUUGUCCAGGGUUCAAUGAUUUACCUGUUACUCCUGCAUCUUAGCAAAACUUAGAGUCUGAGUUUGGAAGUUCAAAUGGACAAAUAUGUUCUCAUUUCAUUACCCUUUGCAAUUCAUCUUUUCCAAAAUUUAGUAAGUUUUAACCGUAGCACAGAGAAACUUUAUAAAAAUAUUACAUCCAUCAUAUUAUACUAUCUGGCAGAAAAACCCAAAAAUUUAUUCACAAUUUUUUUAAAAACUUGAGCAAAAUUAUUAUUAGGAAAGUCUCCCUCGGAAAACUUCCACACUUUAAAGUUUUUUCCCACUAGAGUGAAGAAAAAUAGAUUUUACUGUCUAGAACAGCUCUUCCCAGAUUUACUGUGGAGGAGCUACAUCUUCAUUGGUUUGGGUGGGGGUGUGUGUGGUAUUUUCUGUGUCCCCUGUCAAAGGGAGGAAUGAAUGAAUCUGACUCUACGUUCUUAGAAGGCUAAUUUAUUAUUUUAUGAUCUAUAUUAUAUAAAAGAAUGUUAAACUAUACUAAAGAAUAGAAUAGAGAAAGGAUGCAGACAGAAGGCUAAAAGAUACUAAUGGAAAAAACAGUUACUCCAGAGUCCAACACAGCCUGACUGUGAUUGGUCAUUAAGUCACAAACAAUUCACAUGAAACCAAUCAAACAACCACCUGUUGGUAAACAAUGUCCAAACCACAUUGUAAAGCAGCAAAACACAGGAGAAGCAAAUCAGAUAAUUGUUGUUUUCAUUUUUCUCUGAGGCUUCUCAGCUUCCCAGGAGAAGAAUCCUGACUAAAGAAAUUUUUCUGAAAAUCUGACAGUGACAGGUGUGGGCACACACCCUGAACCAUCCAUCGCUCACAGACGCCUGUGGAAGGCUCACGAUGUUGGUGGAGCUUUCCCUGCCCCAGAGCUGUGUCUGCAGCUGGGACAGGAGAGCGGCUUGGCCCCAGGUGAGCCCAGCCAGGUGAGGUGUUUGGUUUCCCCAGGUGAUGCCAGGUGGAAGCAAACCUGGACACGCACGAUGUGAGCAGUGGCUGGGCCCUGCUCCCACCUGCAGUGUGUGGCACAUCCCACGGGGCAUUCCCACCAAAGGCAGGUGGGUGCACUUCUCCCCAAGGAAUAUUUGAAGGAUUUGAUCAUUGUUCAAUCUGGAGGCAUCAGAACCCUUUAUUCUGGAGGCAGCUGUGCUCACCUCAGCCUGAGGGCAGAUGGGCUGCAGUGGCAGGGCCAGGCUGUGGCUGCCUUCCCAGCCUUCCCCCCAGUUCUCCCAUCUGAGGCCUCUCCAAAGUGAUUUAUGGCUCCCUGUGAGUGGCUGGGAUGGAAUUAGGGCGCCUUGGAUUACAUGGUGCCUUCCCUGUUAUGCUUGCUGCACAGCACAGAUUUAUGACAGCUUUUAAGCCAGGCAGCACGUAAAGAAAUAUGAUCUUAACAAAAUAUAGAAGGGACCAGAGGAGGUCAAAGUGUGUGAGCUGAACACUACAUGGUGAUCCAGGAUUUCCUUUUAUUUACUGCUCACACCUUUUCAGUCUCAAGUGGAUUUGGGCUGUCUCAGGCAGCCCUACCCCACGUAAUCCUCUGAGCCCAGAGACUUUGCCAUCAGCGGAUGUCUUUCGUUAUGAUUUAGGAAAUGUAGGAAAUCCCAAAAUGCUGCUGGUGAAUUAAAUUAGUUUUAGGCACAGAGUGCCAGAAAAACACACAGCAUCAGGGUAGGUAGGAGCCCCGCAUUCAUGUGGGCAGGCUUUCUGUCUCCUGACAUUUCUUGCUGUGGCAGCAGCUGAGGGUUGGCCAGGUCAGUGGUGUCCUGCAGAGCUCCUCUGUUUUCAGUGCUGGAGGAGAAUCAUUUGGGUGAGUCCUUCAUGGAGACAUGGAGCAAAAGCUGUGCCCAAUUCCCUGCUAGGACUGUGGAACAAGGAAAAUAAUGCUGUAAGCAGCUCUACUUUAUAGCUUUAUUUACAGAUAUUCAUCAAUUAUUCCUAAACUGUAGCACAUAAGAUAAAAAGGCCUUGCCCUUAGCCUGCAGAUGGACAAUGUGAGACCUGCAGCAGGUGCAAGGUGUCUCGAGCACAAGGGUAGAGCUGCUGCAGGGAGUCACCUGCAGGACCAUGGCCUGCCUUAAACACUGCCUCAAACUGCAAAGUGAAACAGCUGGCAAGGGGGAGGGAGGCUGUAAAUACAGCCAAUAACUGACUCCUGAGCCUGUGACUACUACUGAGAGCCUGGUCUUGAACCAGAAGUGAAGAACAGGAGCCUCUUCUCUCUACGGUGAGGGCUGUAAUCCCUCCAGCUACAGUAUCAUUCUCUCCAUUAGUAAGACAAGGUCUGGUGUGCUCUCUUUUAUUCAGAUUUAUUAUCAUUAUUUCUCCAAGUGAGGAAAGGAAUUUAUCUCUCCUCUAGCCUAGGGCUGUAGCAAGGUUCCCAUGGUGUGGGGGUUCUGUUGGGUUUAUUCAGGGGGGACACUGGUGGUGUGUUUCUUUUUGGAAGGCACACAACAGUUUGCAUAAUAGUUCACCUGCUCUUCUAAGCUUCCACAGCAACAUCCUCUCCAGUUCUCCAGCUGCUUGUUGCUGCUCACACUGUGACCCCUUUCUAGAGCAACAGGACUUGAACCAGCCUGGUCUCCAGAUGUUCUUUGGGAAUUUCACAGGCCAGGAGUCCACAUCUGAAGCACCAUUUUUUUUAGAAGCCUGGACUCUAGUGAGAUGUAAGGCAGACAUCAGCACUGACAGCUACCACAAAAGUGCCUCCUGUUAACCAAUUUCACAGGUCAUUCACAUUUAUAAAGUAAGCAGCACCCCUUUAGUUUUCAACACAGAAUAAGGUUAAAACAAAUUAGUUGCUGGAAGUAAUUUGCAAGAGGUUUGUUGCUUUGUCAGUCACCCAUUGCUGUUGCCAUUUCUUUCCCAUGUGCAGCUCCUCAGGGCCUGGGCUUUGCCUGAGAAGCUCUCAGCUAUGGGUACUCUCCUGAGAUCCCAGGUCUCCUCCAAAGGGGCAUCCCACAAAAGCUUCCCACUCCUGAGCCUCAAUCUGAAGACCACCCAUGAAAAUUGAUGAAGGUGCCAAGUCCAGCGUGGCAUUUACAGAGCAGAGCUGCCACAUCAGGCUUUCAUUGUGACCUUUGUUGUGACCUGUGUGUCCUCAGGCUCUCCCUGGCAGUUUGCUGCUGCUGUAGCACAAACCCCUCUGGGAGGAACUGCCCCUUUUUUUGCUGCAGAGCUCUCUGCUCUCUGUGAGGAACGAAAAAUAACAGCGGUGGGUUCCAGUAUGCACGGCAUGAAGGAUGUGGCUGCCAAGAACAAAGGCUUGAUCCUCAUGUUCCACAAAAAGAACGGCUCAGUAUACUUAGCACAUUGCUCCAAGUGAUUAAUCCAGGGAAUAAAGGUUCAGCAUCAAAUUAUUUUCACAAGGUCAUGAGGUUUUCAGAAGCAAAUGGAGCAUUUCAAUCUUGGUUUCACUAAAGAGAGAUGAGUCUUGCUACACAAGGAUCUGUCAUGUGCAAUUUUGUUUACUUGGGACUGUUUGCUAACCUCCAGCUUCAGUUCCCUGAUCUGGUUCCCAGCAUAGCCCUGCAAAAAGCUGGAAUUGGGAACAUUGAGGAGUGAUGCAGCAUGGCAUGAAGACAAAUAAGGUGGUACUGGAUCUUGGGAUAUUUCUGAGGCCACAGGAUCAGAAAUCUAUGACCUUUCUUUUGCUGGCCUGGGCCCUCGGCGGAGCGGCGGCGGACAGCAGCAGGAGGAGGUAGCCGGCCCGAGGAGAUGCUGUAGCGGCUCCCGCUGCUCGCUCGGAGCGGCGCCCUGGCCCGGCUGCGGGAACGGGGCCGAGGGGCUGCGGGACGGGUAGAGCCGACCCGGCGCAGAAUGUCAGCGGCUUUUUAUUGAUGAAGAACUGCUUGUUAUCACCAAUCUGCCCAUGAAAUGGAAGGGGAAAAGAUUCUGGAAAACAACUUCUGUUUCAGCCUUGCAAAAUGCUGCUUGAAAGGUAUAAAGAAGUUUAAGUGACUGCUCUACUUGAUCAAAAUGGUGGACACUGAAAACCAGCUCUGUCCCCUUACUCCCUUGGAGGAGGAGGAUAUAGACAGCCCUUUAUCUGGAGAGUUCCUACAAGAUAUGGAGAACAUUCAAGACCUGUCCCAGUCUCUAGGUGAUGAUAGUUCUGGAGCUUUAAGUUUAACAGAAUUCCAAUCACUGGGAAAUGGUCCAGGAUCUGAUGGAUCAGUUAUAACAGACACCCUUUCACCAGCAUCCAGUCCUUCAUCCAUUAAUUUUACCACAGCUCCAGGUAGCAUAGAUGAAUCACCCAGUGGAGCUCUAAACAUUGAAUGUAGAAUUUGUGGGGAUAAAGCCUCAGGCUACCAUUAUGGAGUACAUGCUUGUGAAGGUUGUAAGGGCUUUUUUAGAAGAACAAUUCGUUUAAAACUCAUCUAUGAUAAAUGUGACCGCAACUGCAAAAUUCAGAAAAAAAAUCGUAAUAAGUGCCAAUACUGUCGUUUUCAAAAGUGCCUUUCAGUUGGAAUGUCACAUAAUGCAAUACGUUUUGGGCGAAUGCCGAGGUCUGAGAAGGCCAAGCUCAAAGCAGAAAUUCUGACAGGUGAAAAUUAUGUAGAAGAUUCAGAAAUGGCAGAUCUCAAAUCACUUGCCAAAAGAAUUCACGAUGCCUACCUGAAAAACUUCAAUAUGAACAAGGUUAAAGCCAGAAUCAUCCUUGCAGGGAAAACCAAUAACAAUCCACCAUUUGUUAUACAUGAUAUGGAUACCUUAUGUAUGGCAGAGAAGACCCUGGUGGCAAAACUGGUGGCCAAUGGGAUUCAGAACAAGGAAGCCGAGGUUCGAAUCUUCCACUGCUGCCAGUGCACAUCUGUGGAGACUGUCACAGAGCUCACAGAAUUUGCCAAAUCCAUCCCUGGCUUCUCCAACCUGGACCUGAAUGAUCAGGUGACACUGUUGAAGUAUGGGGUGUAUGAAGCCAUAUUUGCCAUGUUGGCCUCUGUGAUGAACAAGGACGGGAUGCUGGUGGCUUAUGGGAAUGGAUUUAUAACCCGGGAGUUCCUGAAAAGCCUGAGAAAGCCAUUCUGUGAUAUAAUGGAGCCCAAAUUUGAUUUUGCAAUGAAAUUCAAUGCACUGGAUUUGGAUGAUAGCGAUAUAUCCCUUUUUGUUGCUGCCAUUAUUUGCUGUGGAGAUCGUCCUGGUCUUGUAAAUGUAGGACACAUUGAAAAAAUGCAGGAGAGCAUUGUGCAUGUACUGAAACUUCACUUGCAAAACAACCAUCCUGAUGACACCUUCCUCUUCCCAAAACUUCUCCAAAAAAUGGCUGACCUCCGACAGCUGGUCACAGAGCAUGCUCAGCUUGUUCAGAUAAUCAAGAAGACUGAAUCUGAUGCACAUUUACACCCUUUACUACAGGAAAUCUACAGGGAUAUGUAUUAAGAACUUUUAGUAUUUUUUUUCCACAAUAUUUAAAGACAGAGAAAUACAGAUGGGAGCAAAACUACUUGUACAGUUGUGGGCUGUUCGCUCAGCCCAGAGCAGGAAAAAUCUAAAACUGGGGAACUGGAGUGUUACACUUCUUUUUGUUUGGGAUCUUUUGUCUUCUUUUGAAAAAGUGCUGCAGAAAAAUACUGGUCAGAGUGCUCAAAGAAGUGUCUUACAAUGGUUCUUUUAUUUGGAAAUUUGAAGAUUGGUAAGGAAUACAUAUUUGUGUAAUAAAUCAGAAUGUUAAGUAACAGAAAUGAACAAAAUUGUAUUUCCUCUUGACUUAGUUAUUUUAGUAUUAAUAUAACAAAUUCAGCACCUUCUUUCCAGGUAUCUGCACAAUCAGAAAGACAAUGCACUUUUGCCUAAUGGUAACUACUGAGAACCAGCUAACACUUUUUCUUAAAGCAUUCAGUCUAGGUGUAGCAAAUGGCUGGAUAUUGCUGUCCAUACACUUCUAAAAAUUUGGAAAGAUCUUUCAUCCAUUGUUGCUUUAAUUCCAUGAAAUGAUGUACAGCUUCAUCUAGUGUUACGUUGGCAUACUUAGGGUUAGCAGGUUUAAAAGACAGUUCUCUUAUGAAACUAAACAAAAUCCAAAGAGUUAUCUAAAAGACAGCAGAGAUGCUUCAAUAGGUGUGUCUUGAAGAGUAAACAAGAUAAACUGAUGGGACCUUUUUGUUUCAAAAGUCUGUUAAGGAAAUGUGAAAAUAUCACUGAUGAACAAGAGAUCGUACACCCUGUAUUUUUGUAGAACUUGUAAUAGCUCAGGAUGCAGUUUUGACAUAAAAAUACUAUUUUGAAUUAGCAAGAGUUUUGGAGAGACUGAAAAAUGUGAUCCUACCCCCCCAAAAAAAAAAGAAUUUUAACUUUCCAGCAAUGAUACCGCACUCUACUGCAGUGUAGAAUGAUUGGAUAGGAAAGGCACCGGCUUCCUCUAAGUGUCUUGGCAGUAUAAUUGUUUGGACCUGUUUGCUUUUCUGAUGAAUGCACUGCGUCAUUUUUUACCCACUUGGAUAUAUUUCUAUUCCUUUUUCGGCCUCAUGGAUAGAAGUAUUUGGUACUUGUUUUCACCAGAUUUUUUCCUUGUGGAUAAGGUGACAGUAACACCAAGAGCAGUGUUUGUAGGUGUCAGACUGUGUCAUAGAAUGGAAGGCAGCACUGCUGAGAGUAAGUUUGUUUUUUUUUUUGCUGUACUCCUGCUGCAAAAGAAGCCACAAUGAAAUGGCUUCCUGACUUUGCCACUUCAUGGGCUCUUUUCUCAGACAGCUGCCCAGAAGUGCCAGCUGCAUGCAAGGCGCUCUGCUGUUUCUCUUUCCUUUCUUUGAUACAGUAACCUCACCUUAUUACCACAUAAUUUUACUUUCUGUUUCACAACAACGAGGUCUCAGCAGCAAUCCCAGCAUUUUCACUACAGUUAAGCUUUCAUUGGCACAGGAGGACACUUUGUACUUGUUUUAUUGUAGCACUUUUGAAGGCACCAGAAUCUUCACUGCAAGGAUUGAGUGAUGAAGUGAGAACAUCACCUUGUCAUUCCUAUUUCAGUGGCAGUGCUUGUUUCCUGUCCAGGCCCACAGGCACAGCUGGACACUGAAAAAUUACAGGUUUAAAGGCAACUUGGGGUUUAGCUGGGCAAUGAUUGUGGCAGAAGUUAUAGAUAACUACAGAUGUAUUUAGUGUGAUAUAUUGAAGCACAGGCUUCAAAUUUGGUGAGCAUCUAGGGCAGGAUCGAAAUAGUAACUGCAAGUGCACAAAACUUCCUCCCCUUCCCCACUGCCAGCAGGAAGAACAGUCGAACACUCAGAGAGGAAUGUUGGUCUUGCCAGGAACUCUCAGAUGAGAAAUGGGCUGCCUUUUGUGUCCCAGAGCAGCACACAGUGUGCCCUCAGAAACAGAGGAUUUUAGGAACGCUGCUGCUUUAUUCUUCCAGCCAACCCUGUUUCACUGAGGAGCUGUGGGGUUUGGGCCAUGGAAAUAAUUGAUCUGAGAUAUUGCUGAUGCAAGAAGUUGUCAAAAUAUCAGCCAUUUUGGGAUGCUAUUCUGAAACUGUAGGAGCCAACUGUUAGUUUAUCCUCUAAAAAAAAAAGGAUAACUUGAAAUAUUUUGCCCCCAAAGGUCAGAUUUUUUGCAAAGGGCAAAUUUCAAAGUUGUAUUCCAUAGUCUAAGUGUACUGUAGGUUCUCAGGAAAAAUCAGACACAGUCAGUGUGCAUAGCUAUUUUUCCAGCUCUUAUUCUCAAGAGUGGCUAAAACACUUUAGUAACAAUUUAAAACAUGGAAAAUUAAUAAUAAAUACUUAAAUUCUAAGCAAAGCUAUAAAGAAUGGCAAAUAGAAUAACUCAGUGAAAGACAUAAUAUUUAGCUGUUUUAGCUGCUGCUUGUAACAAAGUCCUGUUAUUAGUAUGAGAAAAGUGAAUAAUUUUUUUUGUUAUUUGAAAACCAAUGAGAAAUUUUUGACUACUUCCUUGAACAUUGAAGGUUUGAUUUCUGUUUUAAAUUAAAUUGCAGACCCUUAAUGGAAAAAAAAAA